AAAGUGAGUGCUUUGCUUUGCUUUUAUGUGAGGAGAAAAACUAAAAAUAUUUAAAUAAAAUAUUAAUAAUUGUUUAAAUACAUUUAAAGAAAGCAAAAAUGGUGGAAGAAGAAGAAUUGCAGGUUAAAGAAAAUAUAGAUAUGCGUGCAAACUCCAUAACAAGAGGAACCUUCUCUCUACUUCUUCUUUUAAUUCUCAUUUUGCACUCUUUAAUUUAAAAUCUUUCUAAAUUUUUUCACUUUUCAUUUCUUUUCUUACAAAUUAGUCCUCAAUUGAUGAUUUUGAUAUGCUUCGGAUGUAUUUUUGAUGAAUCUGGUAUAGGUUAAUUAAGUUUUUUUUCUUUAAUUGUUAUUAUUAGGAAAGAAAAAAAAGUUUAAUUUGUUGUUGUUGAUGAAAAAAACUGCUUGUAAUAGAUUUUGGUAUGUAAAUAAAUACUAUAAAGAUUGAAUCUUGGAGAAAUUUUUUAUUUCCCUUGUUCAAACCCACAAAAUUUAAGGAAAAAAGAUCAUAUCUUUUUGGUUUUUUUAACAUCACCCACCAUUUUUAUUGUGGGUUUUAAAUUUAGAGUAUUAAUUUUUGUUGUUGAGUUUGUUCUGUUAGUGGUGGGUUGUGAUUUUUUUUGGGGGGGUUUUUAACAUUCUAUGGGAAUACCUGAUACUUCACUAAUAGAUCUAUUACUAAAGGUUAGGUCUUGGAUAACUUGGGGGGCAAGUGAUCAUCUAUCAAGUUCUUUAGCUUGUUGUGAAUUUAAUCAGAUGUCCAAAAUGUGUUGUGAGUGUUAUACAAAUUUUAGUGUUGGGUUAUAUAAUGGAUACACUUGCCUAAGCUGUGGUAGAUGGCUGUGUGUUAAGUGUGUUGUUGUUGAGGAGGAUGAAUCCCAAGUUGAAGUUAGAAGUAAGGGUGAUUAUUGUGGGGAGAGUAUUAAGUCCUGUAAGAUUUGUAACGGUUUCCGGGUGCGGGGUGGGGAUGGUGGGGGGAAGAAUAGUGAGAAGGUGCAUCCUUCUGUUGAGUCUCCUAGAGAGAGCCCUGAGCCUCCAUCACCUUGUUUUAGUGGCGAGUCGAUUCAGAGUGAUCGUUGGGAUUUCGGGUAUUCUCCUGUUGCGGUAAGUAGCAGGAGUAGAACCUCGUUUAGUGCUCACCCGUCUCUGCUCUCUGUUGGUGGCUCUCCAAGCAGGAGUGAUGAAGAAGAUGCAGAUGAUUCCGCAAAUCAUUUUUACAGCCCAUCUAGUGAAUACUUUCAUGAUGUUUCAGAUAUAGAUACAAGUAGUGUUAGUGCUAGUACUAGACUUGAGUUUUACAGCUGUAAGUCAGUCGGAUCAAGUCCUGUAGACAGCCCUUCUAGGAUAGAUUUUACUUCCUAUAGAGUUGCACAUUCUGUACAGCAGGGACAAGAGGGAAGCCCUUUGUCUCAACAUAACGGUCCCUUUGAUCAAGAAACGCAGGCCAUUUUAAAAAGGCCAGACAAAGGGAUUGAGGAUCUCGAAAAUCCUGAUAAUUACUCGGACGACGUGUCAUUGUUGCAGAACCAAUAUGACAAGUCCCACAAGCCAUUAGAUUUUGAAAGUAAUGGUUGUAUCUGGUUUCCUCCACCUCCUGAGGAUGAAAAUGAUGAGGUGGAGAAUAGUUUCUUUACAUAUGAUGACGACGAUGAUGAUAUUGGGGACUCUGGUGCAUUGUUCUCAUCUACUAGUAGCCUCUCUGGUAUGUUUCCAUCAAAGGAGAAACAAAAUGAGGAUAACAAGGAGCCUUUCAAAGCUGUGAUACAUGGCCAUUUUAGGGCUCUUGUAUCUCAGCUCUUACAAGGGGAGAGUAUCAAAAUCUGCAAAGAGGAUGGAGGUGAGGACUGGCUUGACAUAGUUACAACAUUAGCAUGGCAAGCUGCAAGUUUUGUGAAACCGGACACUAGUAGAGGAGGCAGUAUGGAUCCGAGUGAUUAUGUAAAGGUUAAGUGCAUAGCAUCGGGAAAUCCAAGUGAUAGCACCCUUGUGAAGGGAGUAGCUUGUACGAAAAAUAUAAAGCACAAGCGCAUGACGACACAAUACAAAAACCCAAGAUUACUCCUUUUAGGAGGAGCACUUGAGUAUCAAAGUGUUGUGAAUCAGUUGGCAUCUUUUAAUACAUUGGUUCAACAGGAAAAUGAUCAUAUCAAGAUGAUUAUGUUGAAGAUAGAGGCUCUUCGCCCAAAUGUUGUGCUGGUAGAGAAGAGUGUGUCUCCAUUUGCCCAAGAAUAUCUACUGGCAAAGGAAAUUUCAUUGGUGCUUAAUGUGAAAAAGCCAUUACUGGAGCGGAUAGCUCGCUGCACCGGUGCUGUUAUUAGUCCAUCCCUGGAUAAGAUUUCUUCAACACGAUUGGGCCACUGUGAAUUGUUCCGGGUAGAGAGAGUGUCUGAAGAACAUGAGUCUCCCAAUCAGUUCAACAAAAAGCCAUCUAAAACAUUGAUGUUCUUUGAAGGAUGUCCUAGGCGUUUAGGAUGCACGGUCCUCCUGCAAGGCAUAUGUCGUGAAGAACUUAAGAAGGUUAAACAUGUUGUUCAAUAUGCAGUUUUUGCAGCCUACCAUUUGUCCCUUGAGACUUCCUUCCUUGCCGAUGAGGGUGCAAGUCUUCCUAAGAUGACACUAAAACACUCGCUCACCAUGCCAGAGAGAGCAACUGAUAGUGCCAUUUCACUUAUCCCUCCAACUAAUGCCAUAACUGAUGCCUCUGCCCAAGAUGAGGGAACUAUGGGUCUUAAUUCAGAGCAUGCGGGAUCCGAAGUGUCUAUAAACGUUCCUCCACUUACUGGUACUGUGGAUUAUAGAUUUGAAAAUACAUGCUCUAAUUCAUACGGUGAUGAUUUAGUGUCUAGUGAGGGACUUGACUCGUUUACUAUAACUCAAUUUGAGGAUCAAAUUACACCUCCUGGUUUUAAAGACACUUCACAGCAUGACUUGCAAGAUAGAAUUGCUCAUGAGGGAAGGCAGUUUAAGGGGACUUAUGAAUCUUCCAAAUCAGAGAGGAUUGAUGAAAACGAAGUGUUUAGUGAAUACUACUCAGCAACUGACACUCACCAGAGCAUAUUAGUAUCUUUUUCAAGCCGCUGUGUACUGAAAGGAACUGUAUGUGAGCGUUCUCGGCUCUUGCGCAUAAAGUUCUAUGGAUCUUUUGACAAGCCACUCGGAAGAUAUCUAAGGGACGACCUAUUCGAUCAGACAUCUUACUGUAGGUCUUGUAAAGAGUCAGCUGAAGCACAUGUAUUAUGUUACACUCACCAGCAAGGAAACCUUACAAUCAAUGUUAGAUCUCUGUCAUCUGUAAAGCUACCUGGAGAAAGAGAUGGGAAGAUAUGGAUGUGGCACCGAUGCCUGAGGUGUGCUCAUAUAGAUGGAGUCCCACCAGCAACUCACAGAGUGGUUAUGUCUGAUGCUGCAUGGGGACUUUCUUUUGGAAAGUUUUUGGAGCUGAGUUUUUCGAACCAUGCAACUGCUAAUCGUGUGGCUCCCUGUGGUCAUUCAUUGCAGAGGGACUGCCUUAGGUUCUAUGGGUUUGGGAGCAUGGUUGCAUUCUUUCGCUAUUCCCCCAUCGAUAUUCUUAAUGUUUAUUUGCCUCCUUCGAUGCUUGAAUUUAAUGGCCAUACUCAGCAAGAGUGGAUAAGCAAAGAGGCAGCUGAGCUUUUGGGCAAUAUGGAAGCCUUCUAUGCAGAGAUAUCUGAUGUGCUCGACAGCAUGGAAGAGAAAAGUAAAUCUUUUGGAAAAGAGCUAUCAGAUUCGAAUGAGUUACUGAAUCACAUCGUGGAGUUGAAAGAUCAACUUAGAAAAGAAAGAAACCAUUACAGUAACAUGCUGCAAGUGGCCAUUGGCGGGCGUUCACAAUUUGGUCCGGCAACUUUAGAUAUUCUAGAACUUAAUAGUCUGAGACGUGCUUUGCUAGUUGGUUCACAUGUUUGGGAUCGCCAACUUUAUUCGUUGGAGACUCUACUUAAGACAAAUUCUGUUGUCUGGGCUAUACAUGGGGAUGCAAAGAUGAAAGAGUUAAAAAGUGACAUAUCUUACAAGGAUUACAAGAUUGACAAUGGUCACGUAGACAAUGCAUGUGGCUAUUUGAAAACAGAUGACACUGUUGAGAAUGACAUACUGUCAGAGCAGAAUAAGUAUGGUCCGCCCUUUCAACAAUAUAUUGCUGAAGAUUCUCUGACAAGUUCACAUUACUAUAACAGAGAGGAGGAAGUGUAUUCAGAUGGGGAAAUUAGCACACAUAACUCGUGCUUUGAUGACUUCCCCUCCAAAGCUUCAAGUCUGUCUGAUCAUAUUGAUUCUGCAUGGACGGGUACUCAACCCCUGAUUAAAACUCAACCUCCAUGUGCAUCACAGAUUGAUAAAUUCCAAGUUGGGCCUGUUAAGCAGAUGAGUUUGUCUGAUAAUCAUCCUCUACAAAGAAUUCUGCCACCGGUAAGAGUUCAUUCUUUUGACUCUGCAUUGAGAGUUCAAGAUAGAAUUCGGAAAGGACUGCCUCCUUCAUUGUUUAUGUCAACUCUCAGAUCAUUUCAUGCAUCUGGCGAAUAUAGGAAUAUGCUAAGAGAUCCUGUUUCAAGGACUCACUCUCAAGCAUUGCCAUUGGAGUCCCAAAAAUUGAAUUUAUUGCCCGGUUCUUCAUCCUCAUUUAUCUCCUCGGCGUCUCAUAUGACUGGAGGAGCCCGGCUGCUGCUUCCUCAAAGGAACCACAAUGAUAUUGCUAUUGGUGUGUACGACAAUGAUCCAGCCAGCAUAGUGUCAUACGCCCUUAACUCCAAGGAAUAUGAUGAUUGGAUUACUGACAAGUCAAAUGAGAAUGAAGGGAGCUGGCCCAGCUGGGGCAUGAAUGAGCAUCGUAAGGAAGAAUCUGCAAAUUCCACAUUGUCAGCCUGGCAGUCGUUUGGUUCCCUGGACUUGGACUACAUCCGUUAUGGAAGUUAUGUGUCUGAAGAUCAUUCACCAUCCAUUGGUACAUUGUUUAAGGACUCCAAAAAAUCGCCUCAUGUAACAAUAUCUUACAGUGAUGAUUCUACUGUUGCUGGAGGCAAAGUGAAGUUUAUAGUCACUUGUUAUUUUGCUAAGCAAUUUGACUCUUUUAGAAAGAAAUGCUGCCCUAAUGAAGUGGAUUUUGUACGUUCCUUGAGUCGCUGUCAGAGAUGGAGUGCACAAGGUGGAAAGAGCAAUGUAUAUUUUGCAAAGUCAUUAGAUGAGAGAUUCAUCAUUAAACAAGUCACUAAGACCGAGUUGGACUCUUUUGAGGAAUUUGCAUCAGAAUACUUCAAUUAUAUGACAGAUUCUCUUAGCUCAGGAAGUCCAACAUGUCUUGCCAAAGUUCUUGGUAUUUAUCAGGUUACUGUAAAACACUUGAAAGGUGGUAAGGAAGUGAAAAUGGAUAUUAUGGUGAUGGAAAAUCUCUUUUAUAAGAGAAGUAUUUCAAAGGUCUAUGAUCUCAAAGGUUCUGUCCGAUCCCGGUACAAUCCUGAUACCACUGGGGCAAACAAAGUAUUGUUAGACAUGAAUCUAGUAGAAGCAUUACGUACAGAGCCCAUAUUUCUUGGAAGCAAGGCAAAAAGAAGACUAGAGAGAGCUAUAUGGAAUGAUACUAAUUUCUUGGCGUCUGUGGAUGUGAUGGACUACUCUUUGCUGGUCGGGGUGGACAAGGAGCGAAAAGAGCUGGUUUUGGGCAUCAUCGAUUUCAUGAGACAGUAUACAUGGGACAAGCAUUUGGAAACUUGGGUUAAGGCGUCCGGUAUACUUGGAGGUCCAAAAAAUGCUUCUCCAACAAUUAUUUCUCCGAUACAGUACAAGAAACGGUUCAGAAAAGCAAUGACUUCAUAUUUUCUCACUGUUCCUGAUCAAUGGUCAUCAUGAACCCAACAAUAGUGCAUUCUUUUGAUACAAACAAGAAUUUCUUCAUAAAUAAGUCUGAUUGUGUUUAUAGGAUAUGGAUAAGUGGGGAAGAAACUGUGAAUCCUUCCCGACGGAAAGUCCGCCUUCUCUUUCGGUGAAGCUGUUCGUAUACGAGGGAAUAGAUAAAUCCUUGUUGAAAUCUUUGUACAUUUUUUUUUUAUACAUGUGCAAGGUUGAUUCACCUCAAAGAGAAGGUUGUUUGAUAGUGUAACUUACUGAUUAUGAUGUACUUAAUUACUUUAUUAUGGAUAAAGAAAUUGUGCAGGAGAAGAAAAAGAAAACUUGAUUUUGAA